UCACGUUGGACACGCCCCCUUCCCGAGCGUCACACAAUCAAACAUGGCAGCCUACUUGAGCCGGCUGCACCACAUUUCGCUCCACGUUUCUAACGCGGAGAAACUGGCAAACGACCUCGUCUCGAAGUUCAAGUUUAACUUGUUCGCUGCCCGACUGACCGACAAGUCCAGGCAGCUGGCUCUGAGGAAAGGAGCCGCGGUGUUCGUCGUGAACGAGAGACCAAACCGGAGCAGAGAGAGUCUGAGUGAAUACAGACACUCACCUGAUCCACGCCGGGCCGCCGCAGGGAAACACAGCCAGGAUAUCUCCGCCGGAUGUCUGUACGACGUCAGCCCACAUUCCUCGGUGGACACUGCGUGCAACGUGUGUUUCGAGGUGCGGGACGUGGAAAGGUCAUUCAACGCUCUUCGCCAUCAGGGCUGCAGUUUCCUGGUGCCUCCCACGACCGUGCGGGACGAGAGCGGUCAUGUCACCUACUCGGUGGUCAGAUCUAUAGUGGGGAAUGUGUGCCACACGCUGAUUGACAGGACUAAGUAUGAGGGGAGCUUCCUGCCCGGGUUCGACGCGAUUGGAAAGGACUGCAGCUUGGAAGAGGAGGACGCGUCUUGUCCGAUCACACACUUUGAUCACAUCACUUAUGCAUGUCCCAGGAAGACAACCCAGCAGGUCAUGAGGUGGUAUGAGCAGCUCUUCGGUUUCAAGAGGUUUUUCAUUGACAGUAAUGAAGAUGUGAAGGAAGGCUUUGUCAUAAACCAGGAGGGCAUUGGUCUACGGCUCACCGCCAUGGAGUACUGGAAGUGCAGCGAAGCGGGCAUCGCCCUGCCCUUUGUGGACAAAAAAGAGCCCGACUGCAAGUUUGUCAUCGCAGAAUCUCUGCCUGAGCAAGGCAGGAAUCAGGUGGACACCUUCUUGGAGAAGCACAGGUCUCCAGGGAUCCAGCACAUCGGGCUGUACACGAAGGAUAUUGUUUCUACUGCACAUACGAUGGCAGAAGCUGGCGUCCAGUUUUUCUCCCCUCCUUGUGCCUACUACACCGAGGUUGGGAAACAGCAGGAGAUUGAGGAGGCAGGACAUGACCCUCAGAUGCUGGCGCAGCAUGGCAUUCUCCUGGACACGAACCUGCACCAGGAUCCCUCAUCACAGGCAGAAUCCAGAGAAAACACAAAAUACCUUCUCCAGGUGUUCACCAAGCCCAUCUUCGCCGAGGACACCUUCUUCCUGGAGCUGAUAGAGCGAAGGGGAGCGACGGGUUUUGGGGAGGGGAACAUCAGGGCGCUGUGGAGGUCGGUGCAGGCGCACAUGGAGGACGGGAGGGCGGACUCACAGGGAGAGGGAUCCACGAAGACUGCACAAACUGCUCAGUAUUAGUCACUUUUUUUUAUCAAUGCACUUAUUUAGGGGAAAGUAAUGUGUGUGUGUGUGUGUCUGUGUGUGUGUAUACUGUAAAAAAGAUGUAACAUAUUUAUGGAAGAGUUUUCCCAAAAGCUCUAAAUCGUGAGUUACUGUACAUGUUGCACUGUAAAGUACGAAUUAUGUAUUGUAUUAAUAUCUAGCUUUCAACAUGACUGAACAGAUUAUGAACAAAGUGGCACAAAAACAGAUGGUGCGUACUAAACUUGAAAUCUUACUACAACGAACACACUUGCUGUCUCGGAAAAAAGAAUGUCUUCAUAUUCACUGUGUCAAAGGGAAGCAACUGACUGACUCCAGAGCAACUGUUCCUUAAUAAAUGUAUUACUCACAGUA